CGAACCAUUUUCAUUCGUUUUCGCAGCGCCGAAGCGUACGGUUCAUAGGAGGAACGGAACGGAACGGAGUGGAACGAGACGGAACGGGGAACGCGACGCGAAUUGUUGUUGUUUUUUUUUUGUAACAUUAAAUUGUUUAAAAAAAACACACACACCAAAAAUUAAGUAAUACUUGAGAAAAAGCCGCGUGAAAAUCCAUUAAAAAUCGUUCGUUCGUCGUUGUGUGCGUGUGUCCACGAAAAGUGCCCCCACAUCGGAGGAUUUUAAUAAAUUCAAUUAAAGUCCAUCGUUUUCAUUGUCUGACGCUCACGCGUGAUGCACAUAUGAAAAAGUAAAAAAAAAAAAUUAAGGUUUUAAAUUAAGAAAAUCACAUCUCAAAGAAAAGUGAUUGACAGCACAAGAAAAUAAGAAAAGAAAAAAGUUCCUUUCCUUCUUUACCCUGAAGCAGAAGAAGAUAGCGAAGAGUAGACGCAGAAGAGAUAAGAAAAUAACGGGCCUUCCAAACACAUAAAGUUCCUUGUUUGUAGAGAACAUUUUGUAAUCAGAGCGCAGAUCGAAGCCCUAUAUAUAAAAUGAUUUCACACAGUCCGCCCAUAUUCAGUCACAGUCCACCCGUUAGUUUUCUGGCGGACUUCAUGAGCGGACAUCAGCGUCAAUCGUUAAACUACAAUGACGAGCCCAACCGAGCGUCUCGCUACUGCCGGCCCCAAGUGAUAACUCUGGCCUCCAAAGCCAUGGUCAACAACGCCUCGGCGGCGGUCCAGGGACAGGGCCCCAGUCAGCAGAAGGCUGGCGCCACGCCCUUGGGUGUGGGCAGUCGAUCCGGCCGGAGCUACCUGGAACGGAUGGCCUCCGCCCCGCUGCUCACUAACCAGCCCAAGUCCUGUCUCAGCCGCAAAUCCUGCCUGCACAAAUCAUCCCAGAAUGUGAACAGCUCAUCGGCCAGCCCCAUUACCACAGAUCUCUCGCCAACGGACACCGAAGGCGAUGUCACGGACAGUGCCAGCCAUGGCUGUAUGUGCAGCAAGGAUAGCGACAUUAACGGACCAACCCACUGCGAACUGAGUCGCGGCCCCAAAAAGCAUGUGAUCUUUGCCGAUGAUGAGGGCCUAUCGCUGACCGAGGUUCGUGUGAUGUCCGAACCCUCGAACGUGCCGCCCUAUUGGAGCAUGAAGUUCUUGGAGCAGAUAACACAGGGCCUGGUCAGUCCACAUCCGCCAGAUCAGUGGACGGUGGACUUCAAGCAGCCGGCCUCAGACUAUCUAUCAUUUAGACAAAAGAUAGAGCGUGACUUUGUUUCCCUGGAGAAUGUGAUCGUCAAGGAUGAGGAGUCGAUUGUGGUGGGCACCAUCAAGGUGAAGAACAUCGACUUCCAGAAGGAGAUCAUUGUACGUGUGACCUGGGACGACUGGAAGAGCCAGCAGGACAUCUUUUGCACAUUUGCCAGAGCUUAUGGCCCGACCACCUGUGCCCAUGUCGUCUUCGAUACAUUCUCCUUCAAGAUCACCCUGCCGCCAUCCUCUAAGCGCCUGGAAUUCUGCAUUUGCUACCGCACCAACGAAACAGAAUAUUGGGAUAAUAAUGAUGGUAAAAACUACACCAUCAGCAAGCGAUCGCCCUUUUAUUACAACGCCCUUUCGCCCUAUGAUAAGGGACAGAAUCGCAAUUCGAGCCAACAAAUGCGGUCCACCCUGACCGAUGCCUUGGCCAAGGUGCAGGACCAAAAUGGCUGGCACCAGGAGCCACAUACGCCAUAUUGGUAAAAAGAUUGCCUGGGUGAAACCGGGGAAGUGGACUUCCCUGGCCCCAGCUCAACAAGGAAUUAAGUUUCUCAUUUAGGCCACAUGAACAGAAUCGGAAAAGAUUUUUUAAAUUUUAAAUUGACAGUGUUAGGGACAGAGAGAGAGUCUAAAAGAUUUUUACCACUAACGAAACCUUUUUGUUUGACUUAAGCGUAUAGCCUGGUACAAAAAUCCCAAUUUAAACGUGCCAUGAGAGAUAUAGGGGGGCUCCCGAUAACUACUUCUAUUAGAAAAGAGCCCAAAUUUGUAUGUUUAUUUGACUUUUAUCAAUUUUAAUCCUCUAAAAUGUUGUAUGUUCGAUUGUAAAGAAGAAAACUAAAGCAACAAGAUUUAUAUAUAUGUUUACCUGUGUAUGCCUGUGUGAUUGUCUACAACUCUUGUAUAACUGAUAUUAGAUUUAUGUAAAAACUAAACUAAAAACGAAAGAAAACCCCCAUAAAAAAACGUAAGGAGAAGAGAGGAAUUUUGAGGCGUGAAGUAUCCUAGCAAACCAUUGUUUCGAAAUUUUCUGCAAUUGCAAAAUAAAGAACGAAAAAAACAAACAAACAAAAACACACACACAACAAAUCAAACAAAAUAUUAGACCAUAAGCUUAUUCGUUUUAUUAUUUGUUCCCCCCAUUUUUAUUUCUUUUCAUUUCAUUAUACAAUUAUUUCCUUUUUUUUGGUUAUUUGAAACGCUAAGACUGAAAUGGCUUGUUACGGAGAAGAAAACACGUCCUGCAAUAUAAUUAUGAAAUAAAAUUAAAAUUAAAAACACAACAAACGGAAAACAAACAGUUCUUUGUCCUCAUUGUUUUGUGUGAUCCAGAUCCCCGACUAUAUAUUCUACAUAUACAUAUACACCUAGCUAGCCUUAAGCGAUUUGUACAUACAGAAACAAAAAACAAACGAUAAAAAUUAUAUACCAGAAAAUUGCCUGUUAAAUACAUUUAUAUACCUAUGAGUUUUAAAGUUAAGUCAAGAUGUCUAGCUUGUAGUUCUUAGAGGUUAUUUAGUUAGUAAGCCAGACUCAGCCCAACUGACGUAACGUGAAUAUGAAUCAACUAUAUAUAUGUGCCCAUAUACAUAUAAAAAACGUACUCUAUGAUUAUUUAGUUUUUAACACAACUUAUGACACAACGAGCCAUUAUAUUGUCUUAUUCAGCUCAUUGCUCAUAAACAACAAAAUAAAUAUAUUUUUGAAAAAAAAA